AUGGCGAAAGAGAAAAGAAUAGAAGAAGAUAUGUUCUGUUUUUGUAUUUAUACAAUUUUUUUGGCGGUUCUGCUAAAAUGGUUUGGUCAUAGAUUGCGAGGGGAGGUUUGGAGUUUGGUGCUCUUCUACGCAGGAAUAGCUGUAGUAGUGUUUUAUUAUCAUCUAAAGCCUGACGAUAAUCGGCUUAUGUGGGAUCGACUUCCGAUGAUUAUUGCUUUCACUUCGCUUCUUUCUAGUUUUAUGAUCAAGGGAAUGGGUGCAAGGAUUGGACUCACUUGUUUGUUUUUGCUUCUUUUGAUUGGGUUUAUUAGCAUUUGUUAUGAAAGGACAUUCAAUGAUCUUCGAUUGUCCAAGAUCCUCCAAAUGGUUCCUUGCAUUGCAAUUCCUGUCAUGGCAUCUGUGUAUCCACCUAAGUAUACACAUUCAACGUAUUGGCUUUGGGUCGCAGAGUGA